CAUGCAGCAGCAACAACAACAAAUGGCUGCCAAUCAUUUCCAUUCGAUGGCUGGACGUCAUUCGGGUCGUAAUAUGACCGCCACGGCUAGCAUGAAAAAACGUUCAGCGUCCUCAUCCCGCGGUCAACAUAUGGUCAAUUCUAAUACCAUGACAGGUGGUAUGAUAUCAGCGGUGGGUGCUGGCAGUUUGGGUCACCAUCGGGGUGAUUUAAUAUUUCCCGAUGAAUCGGACACCAUUGAAUUUUGUAUGCCACCACAGCCGGGCUCAUCGAAUGGCAUUGGUCAUGGCAUUAGCAGUGAACUGCUGUUGACACACGGGAAAAAUGGCCUGUGCACCGGUGAGGCGUUUGCCGAGCGACGGAGGAGAGGUCACAGUCGGCGCAGUAAUCACAAAAUGGAUGUUGAACAUCAGGUGAAAUGGUCACGCAACAACAUUGCCGCCACAAUGGAACGUUUCGAACCGACCCAACAUCAUUCGUCCUCCUCCACCUCAUCGUUGGAAUAUGGUUUUGCCGCCAGUGUUGUAACGCCAUCGUCAACGCCAUCACAUCAUUCACAACAUCAAAUUUCACCCGCUCCCUCACAAACAUUUCAAGGUGCCACUACUGCUGCCACUGCUCAGUCUCAGUCAACACCCUAUAAUCAUGUCUAUUCGUACGCUUACUAUGAACCCGGUGCUGUUAAGUGUCAUACGAAUAUACCACCAAAAGAAGAUGCAGUGGCUGCGUCUGGUGCCGUAGCUGGUGCUUGUGCUGCUGGUGGCGCGUCUGCUGGACCCUCAAAAAGCCCUACCCGCAAUUCAAUUCGUGCCCUCUUGGCAAGAAGUUUUCGUUCGAAACCUAAAAAUCCGCCCUCGACAUCAUCAUCGCCCAGCGGUGCGGAAGAACGUCACAAUUACACAACACGUUACGGCACAACGGAAAAUCUCUAUGAAGAGGUCAACGAUCAGAAAAUACGCAAAGUCCUUUCCGAUAAUCGUAUCGUCAAGUCCAAUGUUAUCGAAGAGAUACGCCGAGUUCAGCACAAUCACUUUAGGGUAUUGGACGAACUGAAUCUGUCGUUGGAGGCAUUGAUAAUGCCCGAAACACCACCCGAUGUUAGUCCAAAUGUUGAAGUGCCCGAAGCCAGUGCGGUCAGUGCCAAUACAGCUGCCGUUCUGGCCACACCCACAUCAACAGCCCAGAAACCACGAAGGGGUGGCCUACUGGGCGGUGCCGCAUCCACCUCAUCGUCCACAGUGUCUUCUUCGCAGCCGCGUACCUUGUCACACGCCAGCCUAGAAAAUCUUUCCUCGACUUUUAACUCAAUCGAACUGAAAGAUCACGCCCAUCUGUCGUGUAUAAAUCCCGAAUUCGACGAAGGCGAUUUGGAUAGCGGCUUCAGCGGCAGUGGCAGCAGUAGCGGUGCCAGUUACAAUGAAAGUCUGCGUUACUACAAGUCCGGCCAUACACCCAAUCACCAUCCUCACCAUACCAUGCACCAUCAUCAGGUGCAGCUGCACCACCAGCAUCAGGCGCAGAUGCAGCACCAACAGGCACAACAACAACAUCCCACCACUUUACCCCACAACAUGCGUAGCUGUCGAUCGUCAACAGCAUCCGGUUCGUCGACAUCCAAAAGUAGCACUUCCGAGGAUCAGGGCAUAGCAAUGAUGACCUCAUUGGGUAGCUGUGGAACAGCUGUCACCUCGCCAGCGUCGCCAUUUCACUAUAAUCGCUGCUGUGCCGAAAUACAACGGGCGUCUGGCCGUUCCGCGUCUGAUUCCUCAGCGACGGGUGCUAAACCAAAAAAGAACUUUUGGAAAAUAAAACCGUGAUGUUAUAAAAGGGCUUUACGUAGACUCUGUAAACGUUGGAGUAUAGUGGUGGUAAGUUAAAUUAGCCGCACGUCCGCCAUACCCCACUCCCAUGCUCC